GAGAGGCAGAGGUGGCAGCGAGGAGGCGAGGCAGGCCAGGCUCGGCAGGACGAGGCGCCGGCAACACACACACCACCAUGGGAGUUGAAGUUAUCACCGUAUCACCUGGCAACGGCCAGACAUGGCCCAAGACAGGCCAACAAGUAGUGGUCCAUUAUACAGGAACACUAAGUGAUGGGUCCAAAUUUGACUCCUCCCGCGACCGUGGAAAACCUUUCAAAUUCCGCAUUGGGCUUGGAGAGGUGAUCCGUGGCUGGGAUGAAGGUGUUGCCCAGAUGUCUGUUGGUCAGAAGGCUCGCUUGGUCUGCAGCCCAGACUUUGCUUAUGGGGAGAAGGGUUUCCCAGGUGUGAUUCCUCCCAAUGCCACACUUACCUUUGAUGUAGAGCUGAUAUCUGUGGAGGCUUCCUAAUGGCAAGUUCUACACUGCUGCUGCUGCUGCUGUGACUUUUGGGAAAGCAAGUGUAAGGAAUUCUGGUGUGUACUAAGAGUGUCCUGAUUUGGUACUUCCAUCUCUUCCUUCAAUUUAAGGCUGAUGAAUAACCUGUUUUAUUAGUUUUCAUGAUUAAAAUUUUAGUAAACAAUUUAUCACAAAGUAUACAUAGAUGAUGCCUCCAUUUGCUCAGGAACAAUACAAAGUGAUGUGAAUGCUUGGCAACAAAUGUUCCAGUGCUACCCUUCUUACCCCAAAAAGUCCUGUAAUGCAGUACAGUUUGAUCCUUGUCAGAUUGGACAGUUUUGUUCUGCAUAUGCAAUUUUAUAUGUAUUUUUACUUUAUUACGUCUGCCUCUGAGCUCAGUGAUGCUUUUCUCAUUUUUAGCUCCAACACGGAAAUUUACAAAAGUAAAUAGCAAAAUUAAGUACUACAGUGCAAUGUGUAUUACAUUGAUAAUUGACUUGUUUUAAAGUCAAAUAGUUAUGUUGCAGGAUUUGGCCUCUUAAGCUUACAGUGCAACACAGUUUUGUCUAAUUUUGACGUCUGAACAGUAACUGGAGAAGACAACCUAGUUAUGUUUACACCAGAAUAUUCUGCACCAUCUGUAUGUUGUUUUAUAGAGAUAGCAGCAAUCUAAAAGGAAAAAAAAAAUCUUUUCACCUAGAAUAUCUUUGAUGUCUACUUGUUUAAUCUCCAAACCAGUAGAUUGAAUGGUUGAAUUUAAGGAUUCAGUAUUAUUUACUAACUGUCCAUUCAAAAUGCAGGUUGGAGUAGUCUGUGAAUGAUUGAAGCAAUGCACUCAAAUUUUGAUGUCAUGUGUUAUAACAUAGUUUCCAAGUUCUCAUGAGUGCAGUGCUUUUGGAGAGCUUCACUGUUCUUAUCAUUGUAUUAGAACCCAUGAGUUUGCACUACACAUUACUUUUGGUACAGUGGUAAAAUGAAGAGCAUUCCUUUUAAUGUUCUUAACUGUAGGACAUCCCUGCUGUGGGUAGACUGUGCUUUUGUAGUGUAGGUACAUUAUCUUGGAUUUGUUUGGACUGAUUAACCCUAAACGAUAGACCCAAGGUUCUUUAGCUCUUCUUCCAGUCUGCAGACUUUUUUUUCUCAGUUUUUUUCUUUUUUUGUAACUUCUCAGUACAAGGUUCUUCUGGUCAAAUAAAAUAUGAAUAAUUGUG